AAUUAAAAUAAAAGAAUUAAGUUAUUAUAAAGUGAAAUAUCAAGGAUUUUUGAUCGCUGCUGGUUAUCUGGUGGUCAAGGACUGUACUUAAUUAAGUCUCGGGAAGUCCCGGGUGGAUCUUGUUUCGGUUUAUUAUUGCCCGCAGCAUUACCAGAAAAUAUACAAAAAUAUAUAGGGAGUGUUCCUGGCCCCUGUUUGUGCAGCUAUUUAAAUCUUAACUGUCAUACUUACUCUGUCAGCAGCUAAACCGAAACAGAAAAUUGAAAACUGAAAACUAUCACCAGUUUAAUGCCAUACCUGUAAAAUGAGAUGGACUUGCCUAAGCACCAAAUGCUUUUACACAAAACCAACCCACUUGCCCUCUUCAGUUCCCAUAAUCACAACAGAUAUCAUAAACACUACUAGCUUUGAGCAUCUCUAUUAUCAACAAUUUUACAGGUUUCUUCAAUCAUUAUCUUCUAGUUACUCUAAUAACCACAAAUAUGCAGAGUUACUACACUCUAAUGUCAUCAAGAUUGGAUCUUUUCACAAUCUGGGUAUCACUAACCAUCUUUUGGACCUCUAUGCGAAGAACUCUCAGAAUUUGUCUCAUGCCCACAAGCUGUUCGAUGAGAUUCUUUGCAGAGACGUUCGCACUUGGACUAUUCUGAUAUCGGGUUUUGCUCAAACUAGGAACUUUAAAAUGGUGUCGGGUUUGUUUAGAAGGAUGCAAAAGGAGGGUGUUUGUCCUAAUCAGUUCACUUUAUCUAGUGUUUUGAAAUGUUGCUCUAGUAUAUGUGAGAUUAGAAAUGGGAAAGGAAUUCAUGGGUGGAUUUUGACAAGUGGAAUUGGGUUUGAUAUUGUGUUAGAGAAUUCAAUUCUUGAUCUUUAUGUGAAAUGCGGUGCUUUCGAUUAUGCUAAAAGCUUGUUUGAUUCGAUGGCAGAGAAAGGUACCGUGUCUUGGAAUAUAAUGAUAGGUGGAUAUUUGCGUAUGGGAGAUGUCGAAAGUUCCCUUGAGCUGUUUCAAAGUUUGUAUUUUAAAAAUAUUGCUAGUUGGAACACAAUUAUAGAUGGUUUAAUGAAAAAUGGGUUUGAAACUAUUGCAUUGGAGUUACUUUAUAAGAUGGUGGAAAGUGGACUUGGCUUCAAUUCGGUUACUUUUUCUGUAGCUUUAAAUUUGGUUUCGUGUUUAGUGAAUUUGGAAUUAGGAAAACAGAUUCAUGGCCGGAUACUAAGACUUAUAAUUCAUGAUAAUGGGUUUAUAAGGAAUUCACUUUUAGAUAUGUAUUGCAAAUGUGGAAAAAUGGAAGAGGCAUCCAGAAUGUUUAGAAAUGUGCCUGUGGAGAUUUCUUGUGAUGAUCCAUUGGGAGAAAUUGUCUCAUGGAGCUCAAUGAUUUCUGGAUAUGUUAGGAAUGGAGAGUAUGAAUAUGCUUUACGAACAUUUAUCUCCAUGGUUCAUGAACAGGUUCUGGUUGACAAAUUUACACUCACAAGUGUUGUUUCUGCUUGUGCAAAUACUGGGUGUUUAGAACUAGGAAGACAGAUCCAUGCCCACAUCCUAAAAAUUGGGCACAAAGUAGAUGCUCAUUUGGGUUCCUCACUAAUUGAUAUGUACGCUAAGUGUGGAAGCCUGAAUGAUGCUCAGAUGAUAUUUAAGGAAAAUGAUGAUCCAAAUGUUGUUCUGUGGACGUCGAUGAUAUUCGGGUGCGCUUUGCACGGACAAGGGAGGGAGGCUGUUAGAGUCUUCAAAUGCAUGAUGAAUGAAGGAAUUACACCAAAUGAGAUUACAUUUAUCAGUGUUUUAACUGCCUGUAAUCAUGCAGGGUUGCUUGAAGAAGGCUGUAAAUAUUUUGAGUUGAUGCCAAAACUUUAUGGCAUCAAGCCUGGUAUUGAACACUAUGCUUGCAUGGUAGAUCUUUUUGGUCGAGCUGGUCGCUUGAAUGAGGCAAAGGGUUUUAUCGAAAAAAAUGGUGUAUCCCACCUGAGUGCAGUUUGGAAGUCAUUUCUAUCUUCUUGCAGACUUCACAAAAAUGUUGAGAUGGGAAAGUGGGCAUCUAUAAGACUGCUUCAGCUUGAACAACGUGAUGCAGGGUCCUAUAUUUUGCUAUCAAACAUGUAUGCCACAGAUCAUAGGUGGGAAGAAGCAGCUAAGGUGAGGAGUCUAAUGCAGCAGAAAGCAGUUAAGAAACUCCCAGGACAGUCUUGGGUCCAACUGAAGAAUCAGGUCCAUACUUUCAUCAUGGGGGAUAGAUCCCAUCCACAAGAUGCUGAUAUAUAUUUUUACCUGGAGAAGCUCCUCGGACGAUUAAAGGAAAUUGGUUACUCAUCUGAUGUGAAAUCAGUGACACAAGAUGUGGAAGAAGAGCAAAGCGAACUUCUUCUUGGUUUCCAUAGCGAGAAACUAGCACUAACUUAUGCCAUUAUGUGCACAUCAUCUGGAACACCAAUUCGUAUAAUGAAGAACCUUCGGGUUUGCACUGACUGUCAUAAUUUUAUGAAGUACACUUCUCAGCUGUUAGGUAGAGAAAUCAUUGUGAGAGAUCUUCGACGAUUUCAUCAUUUUAAGCAGGGACACUGCUCUUGUGGGGAUUACUGGUGAAGAAAGUGAGGGACACUGUCAUUUUAAGCAGGGACACUGUCAUGCAUAAACAAAAUGCAGUGAAAAGAAAAAAGCUGUUUCCCAAGGGUACGCACCAUCAGUAUCACAUCACUUGGUUUCUCUCUGUUAUUUUGGGCUGAGCAACUCUUUUGAGAGUACGGUACGAUAAAAAUUGUAAACUUCUGAGGAUGUAUGAAUUGGAAUUGUCUAUCAUCGGCCUAUUCCAGUCAGGGGCCUGUUGGGCACUUGUUUGCCCUCUUGCAGGUGUUGAUUGCAUAACUCCAACUCGUGAACUUUACCUACUUCAAAACUCUAUGCUAGCAGCCAUUUUGAUUCGGUUGUUUGAUCUAGGAUUUUUUCAUUCACGAACAUUGAAAGAUUCUUUUUCUUCUAAUAUGAGAAGAAAGCUAAGCUAAUACAAUGUUAAAAACUAUUGUUAGUUGUAUGGAAGAUACUGUAUCUUAAAUCUCAUUUGUAAUGCAUAUUGAAGGUAUGACCUAUGGAAAUGUUUUCAUCGAACAACAAUUUUUCAUAUGCUUAAAAGUUUAUUUCUGAAGUACUGCAGUUGAAUGACGAUAAGGAAGAAAAUAAUGUGGAGAAGGACACGGUUGAUGAUAUUGUGUGAAAUGUGGCCGUGGUUAGUGACUUAGCAAUGAUCGCGGAUUAGCAACUUAGCAUCAGAUGCUGAGGUUAAUUUAGCAGUCAGACCUCAGCUGGGAUUUUGUGUUAGGGCAUGAUCAUCGUCAAAGAUUCGCACUGAUGAAGUAUUUACAGUAUGCUACACUUGCAAGUCAUGACUUGUAUAUAUAGAAGUUGAUUGAGAUUAUGAAAUGCUGCCUUUCCACAUUGCGAAAUCCAGCAACAUUUUAAUGCCAGGCUUUUACCCUCAACUUCUGCAGUUAAGCUGUAACUUUCUUGUAUACAGGUGCCUCCAAUGGAAAGGAAGGGGCCUUUUGGAUUUGCAUCAAUUGCGUAUUAUCAUCAUUUGAUUAUGGAUUAGGGCUCUUCUUUUCGCUUUUGAAGUCUUAUCAUAAUUAUGAAAACUGGCUUCUUGUUACAUAUGUGCUUAGUUCUAAAUUGACUACUACAAUACAAACUAAAUCAAAGUGGCUUAGUUGGUGUUUUUGCGGGUGUGAGUCCAAGUAUUCUCGUCACCAUUCAUCAAAAACUGUAGGAAUUUACACCGCCACAAUGACACUAAGAAAAUAGCUACCUUCUUGUUGUAUAGUCGACCACUUAUUUAGAUUUCAAUGAAUAAAAAAGAAAAUCAAAAUUGCAAGUUGAUUUUAACUUAAA